GUCCGUGAGGGUGGGGGCUCCUCCCGACACCCAUGGGCCCCCAGACAACUCCCUCCUUGAGGUUGCCCCCCACUCCGCCUGCUGCUGACGUCACGUCUGGUGGCAGGCUGCGCCUCCGAACCGGAGUUGUGACCGAGCCGCGUUAGGGACGACCCGGGGACCCUGAGCGCUCCGGGCUGGAGGGACACUGGAGCUCCUGUUGGACCCAAACUUCUGAUCCGAGCUCGAACUUUGGUUCCUGCUGCGGCGCCGGGAGGAGGUCCUACCUACAUGAAGGUUCCCAGGACUUCUGCAGAAGUUCUGGAGUGAACGGAUUCGGACGUUUUCCCAGAGUGAACUUUUCCUGACUCGGUUCUGAGCGGAGAUGGCUGGUUGGAUCCGGCUGGGCCUUUUCCUCUCCUUCAGCCUGUUUCUGUCUCCGGUUUGUGACUCAGAGGAGCGGCAGCAGGCUCGGAACGGCGUCAGGCGGCUCUACGUGUUGCAGCCCGGACCGGGACCGGGACCUGGGCCGGGUUCGACAGGAGGGGACGGAGCGCUAAGAGUCAGCUCCAUCUCUACCCGCCACGGUCCGGCCGGUCAGCCGCUCGCUUAUAACGUAGACCUGAGUCCGUUUGGGGGCCAGGUUCGGACCCGCAGGAUGGGGACCCAGACGGCCCCGCAGCAGGACCAGAACCAGCAGAACCAGCUCCUGAAGCUGUCCGGGGUGAAUGUGUGUGGAGGUCAGUGCUGCCAUGGAUGGAGUAAAACUGCAGGAUCUCAGCGAUGCACCCAACCCAACUGCGUCCCUCAGUGCCAGAACGGAGGAAUGUGCCUCCGGCCUCAGCUCUGUGUCUGCAAACCCGGCUCAAAGGGGAAGGCAUGUGAGCAGACCACGGUGCCCGGGAACGGGCACACUAAUGAAAACCACGUGGUGCCACAGCGGCCCCUUCCUCAGCAAGCGUUACCUAAUGGUUUUGCCCCUGCUCCCCCCUCGGCUAACAACAUGGCUCAGAUGAAACUAACAGUCAAGGCGGCCCCCCAGUUUGUGAGACCCCAUUACAUUCAGCAGCACAUCCAGCAGCAGAUUCGGACCGUGCCGAUGCAUCCUGGACAGCAGUAUGUCAUAAAGCCCAAAUACUACCACACACACACACAAACGCACGUCCAGGCCCUGCCGGAGCGGCCGAUCCCCCUCGCCGUGGGACACAACCCCGUCCACGUUGGAAACCAUACAGGAAGGAUCAAGGUGGUCUUCACACCCACCAUCUGUAAAGUGACCUGCAUAGGAAGCAGAUGUCACAACAGCUGUGAGAAGGGAAACACCACCACCAUCAUCAGUGAGAACGGCCGCACCACCGACACGCUGACAGCCCCCAACUUCAGAGUAGUGGUGUGUCACCUUCCGUGUAUAAAUGGUGGAACGUGCAGUGCACGGGACAAGUGCCAGUGUCCUCCAAACUUUGCUGGAAAGUUCUGCCAGAUGGCGGUCCAGAAUGGACACCAGCAGCAGCAGAUGUCAACAGGUUAUGGUCAGACUCAGGUGGUCUCCACACACACCUUACCUCUAACCUACAGCAAUGGCCAGACUCCAGGGUUUAACCCAGGCAUCGUUAACAUUCACAUCAAACACCCUCCAGAGGCGUCGGUUCAGGUUCACCAGGUGUCUCAGCUGGACAACUACCACAACAACGGGCACCAGCAGAAAGGCCCACAGGGAGGCUCCUCCUCCUCCACCAGGUAUCAGCACACUGAAAGCAGCCAGAAGAUUCAGCACCAUGGCUACACCAUCAUGUAUCCCAACCAACAUGGUCACCAUCUUCCCCAUUACCAACCCGUCACCUCCAAGAGCACUCUGGGUCGCUGCUUCCAGGAGACAGUAGCCGGUCAGUGUGGAAAAGUGCUGCCAGGCCUCACUAAGCAGGAGCAGUGUUGUGGGACCAUCGGGACCUCCUGGGGCUUCCACAAAUGUCAGAAGUGUCCUCAAAAACCCUCCAUUCUGCUGAUCGAUUGUCCUCUGGGUUACAAGAGAGUCAACAACUCUCAGUGCCAAGAUGUGGACGAGUGCCAGCUGCAGGGUGUUUGUGCUAAUGGGAACUGUCUGAACACCGUGGGCGGUUACAGGUGCACGUGUAAACCGGGUUACGUCCCCCACCCCUCCCUCACCGCAUGCAUAUCCAGCGCGCCUGCCGUCCAGGAGGAAAAGGGCGCUUGCUUCCGUUUGGUCAGCUCAGGGAGGCAGUGUUUGCACCCAGUGUCUGCCCAGCUGAGCAAACAGCUCUGCUGCUGCAGUGUGGGCAAAGCCUGGGGCCCCCACUGUGACAAAUGUCCCCCUCCAGGAACAGCUUUGUUCAAAGAAAUCUGCCCCGGUGGGAUGGGCUACACCGUUCUACCAAAUCCUCCCGUCAACAAGCCGGCGACAGACUUCCAGGAGCCCGUGGACUUUAUCCCCCCCCAACCUGCGGUGGAGGCCUUCGGGACCGAGGAGGAGGUUCUACCAGAGGUUGUUGAGAGGACCUCCCCCCCUCCUCCAGUAGAGAUCCUCCCCACUAACGCCGGUCAGGACAUCGCCCCCACCCAGUCAGCUGAGGUGGAUGAGUGUCAGAUCAACCCUUACAUAUGUGGACAGGGCAUCUGCUACAACACAGCUGAGAGCUACACCUGCCACUGUGAUCAGGGAUAUCGCUUAGACGACAGCCAAGCUACCUGUACAGAUGUUGAUGAAUGUGAAGACAGGACGGCGUGUCCUUCUGGGAUCUGCCAUAACGAACCGGGGAGCUUCAGCUGUGGCUCCUGUCCUGACGGAUUCUUAGGGAAAGACGGCCAGUGUGUCGAUGUAGACGAGUGCCAGGAUGAGCGGGUCUGCAUCAGAGGCCACUGCCAAAACACCCGCGGCUCAUUCUUCUGUCGGUGUGGGCCCGGUUUCAGAGUGUCGCCUGCUGGAGACCAGUGUGAUGAUGUGAAUGAGUGUGAGGAGCAGAACAGAGUCUGUGGAGAUGUAGGAGACUGUAUCAACAACUUGGGCUCCUACACCUGUACCUGCCCUGAGGGGUAUCGCCAGGUGAACGGCACCAGCUGCAGAGAUGUCGACGAAUGUGUGGAAGAAGCAGAACUCUGCCACCCUCAUGGCAGAUGUGUAAACACUGAGGGGUCCUAUCAGUGUGUGUGUGAUCCUGGGUUCACCGCCAGCCUCAACACACCAUCUUGUGAUGACAUUGAUGAGUGCGGGCUCAAUGAGACUCGAUGUGGGCUCCACGGGUUCUGUGAGAACAGACUGGGUUCGUUCCAGUGUGUGUGUGACCAGGGCUACCAGGCCUCCCAGGACGAGAAGAGCUGUGAAGAUGUGAACGAGUGUGAGCUGCUGAGCAGUGUGUGUGGAGAGGCCGAGUGUGUGAACGUAGACGGCACCUUCUUGUGUGUGUGUCCCAGCGGCCAGGAUUACAACUUCAUGACAGCCAAGUGUGAGAGCAUUCCCAAAGCACCUCCAGUGGAGAGGAAGGAGUGUUACUAUAACCUGAACGAUGAGAACCUGUGUGAGAGCGUGCUGACCAGCCAUGUCACGCUGCAGGAGUGCUGCUGUACGCUGGGAGCUGGCUGGGGGGACAACUGUGAGGUGUAUCCCUGUCCUGUCAACGGUACAGACCAGUUUAACCAGAUGUGCCCAUCAGGAAGAGGUUUUAUUCCCAGUGAAGAUUUGCUUUAUGGAUUACAAUUUUCUGAUAACUACAAAGAUGCAGAUGAAUGCUCUUUGUUUGGUCAGGAGGUUUGUAAAGGAGGCUACUGCAAGAACACAGAGGGGAGCUACGAGUGUUACUGCAUGGGGGGGCACUACUACGACCCCAUCAGUCUGGAGUGUAGAGAUAUCAAUGAGUGUUUGGAUGAGAUGCUGUGUGACGGUGGCGAGUGUCAAAACACCGACGGCUCGUACGUAUGCAUGUGCAGACAUCCCCUGGUUCUGGAGCCAGACAGCCACCGCUGUGUCCCGGUUCCUGAGCUGGCCGAGCAACAAGAGAUGGAGCAGGUGGACUACCAGGGCAUCUGCUGGCAGACGGUGACCCAGAGCUUGACGUGUACGCGCCCACUGGGGCCCAACAGGAGGACCACAUACACCGAGUGCUGCUGUCGCCACGGGGAGGCCUGGGGCAUGGACUGUGCCCUGUGUCCUCCGAGAGAAUCGGACGAUUAUGCAUCCAUGUGUAACAUUCCUCUGGGUGGCGGCCGGCGACCGUACGGGAACGACGCCCUUGUUGCCGGUCCAGUCCAUGAAUAUGAAGUGAGCCCAGAUUACCUGCCUUCACCUGAGCAGCAGCUGGUCCCAAAGUUUUAUGAGAAUGAAGAGUAUCCAUACAGAGCAUUUGAGGGUUUGCAAGCAGAUGAGUGUGGGAUCCUGAACGGUUGUGAGAACGGUCGGUGUGUCCGUGUCCAGGAGGGUUACACCUGUGACUGCUUUGACGGAUACACGUUGGACCUGUCCCGCAUGUCCUGCAUGGACGUGAACGAGUGUUCGGAGCUGAACAACCGCAUGUCGUUGUGUAGGAACGCCAAAUGUAUCAACACCGUGGGCUCCUAUCAGUGUGUGUGCCUGCCGGGCUUCAAGGUGUCUGACAAACCCAACUACUGUGUGGAGGCAGAAACACACCAAGCUCGCACACAGUGAGCAUGGAUGAGACAACAGAACCACACACACACACACACACACACACACACACACACACACACACACACACACACACACACACACACACACACACACAAAC